AAAAAUGGCGUUACAUUGGGAAACACCAUGCAUUUCCCCAAUCCACUUUUUCAAAAUUGAAAAACUCGAAAACCUAGGGUUUCCGAAUUGGGGAUUACAUCAAAAUUGGGGAUUUCAGUUCUUGCAUUAAGAACAGCCAAGCAAAGUAUUAUACAAAUCAAAGAAAAAGUUAAGGUGAGUGAAAUUCAGCUAUGGCGGAUUCAUCAGAGGGAGAGGAAGAAGGGAAACUGACAGGAGGAAGCCAGCAGCUAGUUGUAGAUGAUGACCUCCGGGAAAUGGGUAAAAAGGCUGCUUGGAGUGUCAGCUCCUAUAAACCCGGCAAUGGUGUCCUUUCCCUUCGCGAUGACAACCUUGAUACCUAUUGGCAAUCAGAUGGCGCACAGCCUCAUCUUGUUAAUGUGCAGUUUCAGAAGAAAGUUAAGCUUCAAUUAGUCGUCCUGUAUGUUGAUUUCAAGCUUGACGAAAGCUAUACACCUGGUAAGAUCUCUAUCCGAGCAGGCGAUGGAUUUCACAACUUGAAGGAGAUAAAAGCAGUGGAGCUUGUCAAGCCAACUGGAUGGGUCUAUAUAUCUUUAUCUGGGAAUGAUCCGCGUGAAACCUUUGUCAACACUUUCAUGCUGCAAAUAGGUGUGCUCUCAAAUCAUCUUAAUGGAAGGGACACUCAUAUCCGCCAAAUUAAAGUCUACGGGCCAAGACCGAACCCUAUUCCUCUUCAGCCAUUUCAGUUUACUUCUACAGAGUUUAUUACUUAUUCUACUGUGAGAUGAAGCUCAAGGGACUACGUCAAGAGGCAAGAUGCCAACCAUAUAUAUUGAUAUCAAGUAGCAAACUGGGCGUACAAAAGAAUCCUUUUUCUUUUGAAACAGACCAAAUCCCACAUUACCAAACCUGGGAUCCUGUCCCUUGGACGACUUUGAGUAAUGGGAGAAUGACAACUGGGCCUGCAGUGGUAGAACCUCAUAAACCAGGGUAUGAUAUUGAUAAGUUGUAGGUCCAUAGGAUGUCUAUACUUGGUUUGUAUUUUUCUAGAAAAUUCCAUUUACAAAUUUACAAGAAUAUAUUGCUUCAUUAUAGACCCUGUGACGAAUGACUAUAAGUACGUAGGGUCUUGUAGUUAUUGUGUUUUUCCCAAUUCUUCUAUACCUGGAAGAGGAUGAUCAUGGAUUCGCUUGCCCUCUUCCGUACAUUUUUGUUCCAAAGCAUAUUGGCUAACUUUUCAACUUGUUUUUUUCUUGA